CUUGAGAGGUAGCAAAGUUGGCAGGCAGGCAAAAGCGGGAGCGAGCACUAACGUCAGGGAAAAGUGGAAACGAGGCGGAGAAAGUGUGCCGUGCUGUUUUGCUACCUUGCUAGUAGCGGUGUGACUGUUCCGGACUGUUCACGGUGUGUCGACGGGGAAGUAGAGAAAAAUAAAAGACAAGACGAGAGUUUUCUGGAAAUAUAACUCCCCUCUUCACAAGCGCUUUACCCACACAAAACAAGGAAUAUAUCCGCCAGAAUAAAAGCGUCACCCGGGGCCAUGCUGAGCCAGACGGCGUCCCUGUGGCGGUGAGCUCCGGGGCCAGCGUUUCCCAGCGUGAUGGCGUCAGAGCGCGACGUCCGGGGUCGGGAGCUGCCCAUAGCCCCGGGCCAGGUCUACAUCGAGGUGGAGUAUGACUACCAGUACAAGUCCAAGGAGCGCCAGAUCUGCAUCCAGCAGGGGGAGCGCUACAUGCUGGUGAAGAAGACCAACGGGGACUGGUGGCAGGUGAAGAAGGACGAGGCCACCAAGGCGUUUUACGUCCCGGCGCAGUAUGUCAGGGAGGUCCGCAAGGCGCUCAUGCCCCCUCCCAAGCCCCUGCCUCUGGGUCACCAUGCGGGGGUCACCGGCGGAAACUCGGUCCAGGUCAAGCCCAGUGCCUCCAGCGAGAGCCUGACCGUGACCAGUUUCGUCCGACCCACUCCCUCGUCACCCACCCCCUCUGCCUUGCCGGUUGGCACUUUUACCCCUCCGAGCCAACGCCGGGACAAGGAUCCCCAUCCAAACCCUGGUAGAGACGCUGGUAGCCUCAAGGAUUUGGACAAGGCUGCGGUAGAGAUUAUCCAUCCGCAUGGUUGUGACACCCUGCCCCGGGCCCGCGCCUCCUCCCCUGAGCUCCGCAGGGACCCCCUGGAUAUUGACAUGGCCGCGGUACACUGUGACUCAGAAGGGUCCGAGAGACGCUACGACUCCUCCGGAGAUGAGCUGAGCAGCAGCUCUACAGAGCACCUGCAGGCUGUCUUUCCCUCGGGUAACGGGGGUCGUUCCGAGUCUCCUGUUUACACUAACCUCCAGGAGCUGAAGAUCUCUGGGUCCAACCUGCCUCCUGCCCCAUCCACCUCCCCACUACAUGUCCAUGGGGACUGGGAGACACACAAGGACCAGAGCGGCCGACACUACUACCACAACCGCUCUACCCAGGAGAGGACUUGGAAGCCCCCCCGAGCCAGGGAGGCCAGCACUGGCAGCCGGGGGGAUCCCCAUGGAAACAGCACUGGAGAAGCAGAGAAGACUCCGCCGCUCUCUCUUUCACCAUCCUUCCUUCCUCUUCUCUCGCUCUCCAUUGGUCGGUUCCAGCCUCUGUCAUUAGAUGACAACUACCACAGCCCGUAUUCUAGCCAAUCAGACAGCCAGUACGGCUCCCCGCCCCAGGGUUGGUCAGAAGAGCUGGACGAGCAUGGACACAUUCUGUAUGUCAGUGACUAUACUAAUGAGAAGUGGAUAAAGCAUGUGGAUGAGCAGGGCAGGCCUUACUAUUACAAUGCGGAUGGCUCCAGGUCAGAGUGGGUGCUUCCCAAGUACAACCAGUCCCCUCCUCUCCCUGGUGGAGGAGACACCCAUAAGAGCCGCAGUCUGGACAGGAAACAGGUGGAGCCUAUCGUCCUGUCCAAGUGGAGACACAGCACCUAUGUACUGGACACCAACGACAAGCGGCUCAUCAAAAACAUCAGGCGUUUCCGUACAGGCUCCGGCCGUCCCCACCCGUACAGACAGACACAAGACGCUGCGACAGGCCCCAAGGUCUCUGGCUCUCCAGACUCCGAUUCCUCAGACCCUUCAUCCCCCAAGCACCCCACCUCACCUUCAGAGAAGUGUGGCAUUCUCAAUGUGACCAAGAUCACUGAGCAUGGCAAGAAAGUACGCAAGAGUUGGAUGUCAUCCUGGGCAGUCCUCCACAGCUCCACGCUGCUAUUUGCUAAAGGCCAGGGGGGCGGGACCAGCUGGUUUGGAGUUGGCCAGUCUAAGCCAGAGUUCACUGUGGACCUACGAGGAGGAUCUAUAGAGUGGGCUUCCAAGGAGAAGUCCAGCAAGAAGCACGUCAUAGAGCUGAAAACCCGUCAGGGAACAGAGCUGCUAAUCCAGUCAGACGCUGAGAGCAUCAUCAGUGACUGGUAUAGAGCUCUGUUGGAUACCAUCAGCACACAUGCCUGGGAGUCUGAUGAGGCCAUAGAGGAGGACAUGCCAGAGUCUCCUGGAGCUGAGAAACAAGACAGAGAAAAAGACCACAAGAUGACCAAAGCUAUAAAGCCUUCUACCAGUAUGGACACAUCUGAGAACAAGAAGACCAAACAUAAGCUGAAGAAGUUCCUCACACGGAGGCCUACUCUGCAGACAGUCAGAGACAAGGGUUACAUUAAAGACCAGGUGUUUGGCUGCAGUCUGGGUGUCCUCUGUCAGAGAGAGAACUCGUCCGUGCCAAGCUUCGUCAUGAUGUGCAUCGACCACGUAGAAAACAAUGCUCUGAAUGUGGAUGGACUGUACAGAGUGAGUGGAAACCUGGCAGUAAUCCAGAAACUUCGUUUUGCUGUCAAUCACGAUGAGAAGGUGGACCUGGAAGAUGGGAAGUGGGAGGACAUCCAUGUGAUUACGGGGGCGCUGAAGAUGUUCUUUAGAGAAUUACCUGAGCCCCUCUUCACAUAUGGCUUAUUCCAAGACUUUGUCAAUGCCAUCAAGAUCCCAGACUACAAGCUGCGCGUCCAGUCGAUCAAAGAGCUGGUUAAACAGUUGCCAAGACCCAACCAAGACACCAUGCAGGUCCUGUUCAAACACCUCCGGAAGGUCAUUGACUAUGGUGAGGUAAACCGUAUGACCACACAGAGCGUUGCCAUCGUUUUCGGCCCCACCCUCCUCAGACCCGAGACUGAAACGUGGAACAUGGCGGUACACAUGGUCUAUCAGAACCAGAUAGUGGAGCUCAUCUUGUUAGAGUACGAAGGCAUUUUUAGGUAGAGACCUGGGGGGGACAUUUCUCCUAGGUACAGAUCUAUGAUCAGCCUUCCCUUCCCUCAUUCCUAACCUUAACCAUUAGUGGGGGAAAUGCCAAACUCAUCCGGAUCAGUGUCUAAGGGCCACUUCACCCUAUUGCAGUAGAAAUGGGAAGCAGUGACAGCCUGAGGGAUCGACGGGAUAUAUAUUUACUAGGAACACAAUGGAAGCAAAACUGGUCUAAAAUGAGAGGGGAUUUGUGCAGUUCCUGAACUUGUCCAUUCUUUGUCCUUUUUGGUAGCAAAACAUUUUGUUUUGGUGUUCACCAAUGAAUACAAUCCUGGCCUCCCAUCCUAUCAGAACAAGAGCCCAGCCUGACCACGCUGAGCUCUUCAUCUAGACCCGGCCAUUCCAACUCUCCCAAUAUCCUCUGGUCAUUCACACCUUGGAUUCCAUCUUCCACUGACCAAACCAGUAUGAGUAGUAAAUGUCAUAAAACAAGGAUGGACUUAUCACCCCCCCCCCUCAACACACCACUCCACUCAGUGUCAGGAUUCAUCAGACUUUCGUCAAAAGGCAAAAUUGACUUCUGACUGUCCCGCCACUGGAUUUCCACUGCCAGUCUGGACAGCAUGCUGAGGAGAGGAUGGACAAUAUGUCAGUAAAACACUGUAGAUAUUCUAGUUGAAUGGGAUGUCUGGCUGCCUUCAGUCCCCCCACCGAGUCAUCAGUAUUGAGAACAGAGGGACUGUCCCCUGUGCCGGCUGCACCACACAGUAUGUAGCCAGCACUGUACAGUAUAUUAGCCUGCUGAGGACAGAACAUAUCGUUGUAGUGAGAGGUCUCUCUCUGUCUAUGAAAUGGGACGCUCUCAUCUCCUCUGUUCAUUCUCUUCUAAAGUAGUCUUUCCCUCUAUCUCUCUUGUCUGGAGACACUGGAAGCAGUCUGUACUACACUACUAAAGGUAGGGCGCUAUGGAGGGGGUAGGGUACCAAUUGGUCACAGGCUCAUGAUUUCACCAAAACACUCUGCUUCUCUGGUUCUUCUACCGGUAAGCAUUCAACCUGAAAACAGACUUGGUACUUGGCUGUGUAUAUAUUAGACUGCCUGUAAAUGUAUGAUAAUAAGGCAAGCAGCCUUUAAUAAAUGGAAGUUGUAUUGAAAUAAAAAAUGUCCAGGUGUAGUGUGUGACUGAGUCCCAAAUGGCACCAUAUUCCAUUUAUAGUUCAUGGGCCUGAUUUAAAGCAGUGCACUUUAAAGGGAAAAGGACAUUGGGGCGAUGUGUGUGGAAAUAUGUUUUGUGAAGACAUCUGAUAGCAAUUAAAGGAUGAGUUGAUCUGAGUUAGAAACUUGGGAAAACGAUCACUAUUGUAUUCUGAUUCAUUCCAUAGAAAUUAACUAAUUGUGUAAAAUGCCAUUAAAUAUGGUUGGAAAAUACAAGUAACUUUCCCGAAAUGCCCAAGUGUUCCCUGUUGGGAGGAUUUUCUGGAUAUUUGUCUUAUUCCCUCCUGAUUCCUAAAACCUCCCAACCAGGAUGUUGGGAAAUGUCAUUUUGCAACCCGGUCCUAUUAUUUAAACUGGGAUUUUGGAAGUUUGCCUGUAUUUGGGGUAAAUGACACAUCUCGAAUGUAUUCAUUUUCCAAACUAACUACUGUUCAUGUCUCUGUCAAAUUUGAAUAAAAGCCUCCAAUGAGU